UAGACAAGCGGAGGGUUUGCUAAGGGUUUGUUACAACCUUUGUCUGAGAACGUUGUGUUUUUACUUUGAACAAGAAAAAAGACAAACAUUUUUACAAUGUUGACAGUCCAUCGAAACAGGAUGCAGUGUCGGGAAAUAACGGGACCCACACCACAUUCAGUGGCAGUGAGAGCGAAACAGCCUUCAUCCAAACCCACAGACUUUCUCAUUAUGGAGAGAAGGAAACAGGAGGCUGCAAGGAAUGAGGUGCUUGAGUUCACCAAGGAUCAAAGCUCCUGUGAUGUGAGAAUGUGCUGGGAGAGGAACACAGAGCGCCGGAUGGUGUCUGCCACUAUUGGUAGACGGCUGCAUGAAGCAAUGGAGCAGUACCAAAUGAGCAUUGAUGAAAGAAGGGAAAGACUUCGUGAACUGCUGGAGUCAGAGGAGCAGGAACUCUUCAGGGAGAUGGAGGCAAAAAAGGAGACAGUGUUGGAGAGGCAGGCUAAGAUGCGUGAAAGAGCCAAGACUCUGCGAGAGAGAAGAGAGAGUGAAAGAAAGAGAAUUGUUACUGAUAAGCUUGACCAACUCUUCAGAGAGCAAAGUGAGGAGCUGCGUGCUGUGCAGGUGAAGCACAGGCAAGAUGAGGUCUGCACUGAACGCGCAGCUCAGAUCCGUACUCAGGAGGAAAUGCGACGAAUGCAACAAGAAGAAGACAGACUGUUCGUUCAAAUGUGGGAGAGCGACAGGUUUGCUAAAGAGGAGCGUGACAACCAGGAGGUUCAACGCCAAAGAGAGAACAACCUCAAGCAGGUGGCAUUCCUGCAGGCACAGAUGGAAAUGGCUGAGCAACAGAGAAUCCAGGCCAAACAACUGAAGGAAGAGGAAUCCAAACUACUGCGAGACCAGAGGGAGAUGCUUCAUCUGGAGGUAGAGAGAGCACACAGGCAGAAGCUCCAGGACCAGGACAAACAACGCAAGCAGCUGGACCUUUCACUUCGGCUGAAGAUGAAGCGCCUGGCGCAAGAGCAGCAAGAAGAGUUGGCACAGGAUAUGAGCAUUCUGGAGGAGCUAUUGACUAAUAAUAGAGAUGAAAAGCAUGAGGAGGUUCUCAAGAAGUUGGAGCGCCAAGAGGAGCAGCGCAGGUACCGGCAGUAUCUGGCAGAGCAGCUGGAAGAGCAAAAACGGCAAGAGGCUGAAACAGAGCAGCUGAUUGAGUCAGAGCUCCAGCAGGCCUGGGCUCGUCGAGAGGAUCAGUGGCGUUUGGAAAAGACAGCCAGAGACCGGCUUAUGAAGGAUGUCAUGGACACUCGCCGAUUACAGAUCCAGGAGAAGUUGGACAAGAACAUGCAGAAACAGGCUGAGCUUGUCAAAGAGAGAGAGGAGCUCAACCUAAUCAUCCAAGAAAACAAAUUGCUGGAUGAAGAAGAAAAGACUUGUUUAAGGGAGGCUGCUCUGGAGUAUCAGGCUGAUCUGUUGGCUCAGAUGCUGCACCGUCAGCGCCUUCGAGAAGCAGAACAAGCUGAGAUAGAACAAGAGUUCAAAAAGGGUCUAAUGUACCAGGAACAGUAUAAUAAGAAAAUACAGGACAUCCUAUCGAGGCCCAUAUCUAGCACCACAGCAGUUCACCCCUUCAGGAGAAGAGAACGUCCCAACUCCAGCUUUGGUGGACAGUUAAAUUUGGCAUAAAUCUAAUAUUGUCAGAUCUGUUUACAGCAUUACAGUAGUAACUCUCCCAACAAUAACAUUUUUCAAACGAAGUUGAUUAAAAA